GUAUUUUCGCUUUCUUACUACCGGUUCAUCUAUCUCCACAAUGCAUCCUACUCCUCCGAAUGAUAGGCGUAGACGUGUCAUUUUACUUGCACGUAAUUCACGGCAGUACUCAUACUACUGGACUGCUGAAGUUUCAGUAACAUCUGCAAACGCCGCAGCCAGUGUUACUGGUGUCUUUAUUACCCAAUUUGCCACUAUUAUCAUGAUCUGCCUUAGUGUCAGACGCGAUCGAGCGAAGAAAGUCCCCGUUCGAGCAGACUUUUUUUCCAACAUGAGGGACAACGAAACACAAUCUCACCACGGUGUUCUGGACACUUGGCUGCAGUCAUCUGACAACCGCAUUCGCACGUACAAGUACUUCUCAAUGGUCCCAUCUCUUGUAGCCUCUCAUUAAUAACCUCUUCUCUAAAAUCCGCUGUAAAGCGAUCGUAUGUCAGCAUCAGGUGUUGAACUUGGCUCCGUGACCGUGAAAUUGCUCAAACGCUUAUGAUUGGCUCGUCCUUAAAUUAGAGUCUCGCCGCAUUUGUUAAAUCAACAUUAUGAUUCAAUCAAUCCACAAAAGGCAUAUUAUGAUACUGACAAAUUGUAACAUGCCACGUUAGUAUUCUACAAAGCUCCAUUACGUUCUCAUUGGGUGGAACUCUUUGACU